AAUCUCCAUUGUUGUUCUCAUUUCACCAUCAUCAAAUUCACCAUUAAUUAAUUCUCCUUUUUCUCUAUAUAUAACUCACAAAAGAAAACCCUAAUCCCUAUUUCCUAUUUCCUUUUUUUUUUCUUCAAAAGUUGCUAAUAAUAUGGCGGAUAGAGUAUACCCAGCUGCUAAACCCGCAGCCGCUAAUGGCACAGCCGCUCCUGCUCCUGCCGCCGCCGUCAACGGCGGAGCUAAUCAGGCGUUUCCGGCGAAUAAAGCUCAACUUUACAACGCUGCUAGACCUACCUACCGUCCUAUGCCGCCUCCCAAACGCAAACACCGACGGAGCUGCUGUUGCUGUUGUUGCCUAUUUAUUACCUUUUUUAUAGUCAUCGUUAUACUACUUGCUGCAAUUGCCGGUGCUAUUUUCUGGGUACUUUACCGUCCUCAGAGGCCGUCGUUUUCUGUUUCUACUCUUCAAGUCUCUCAAUUCAAUCUUACUUCUACAAAGCUCGCUUCUAAGUUCAAUCUCACCGUCGUGGCUCGGAAUCCUAACAAGAAGAUCUCUUUCUUCUACGAUCCGAUUAAUAUUUCGUUCAGUUCCGACGAUGUUGACAUCGGAGACGGAUCGUUACCGGCUUUUAUGCAUGAUACGAAAAAUACAACGAUGUUGAGGACUGUAGUGUCAAGUUCGUCGAAAAAUCUCGACGAUUCGGCGAUUUCUAAUCUGAAAUCUAAAUUGAAGAAAAAGAACACUCUACCAUUGGAGAUAAAGCUUGAUACAAAAGUUAAGGUCAAAGUUGGAAGUUUGAAAACGAAAAAAGUUGGAAUUCGAGUUAAAUGCGAUGGUAUUAAAAUUACUAUUCCUUCCGGCAAAACUCCGACGAAAGCUACUACUUCCGGUGUGACAUGCAAAGUGGAUCUUCGGAUCAAGAUCUGGAAAUGGACUUUCUGAUGGAUACUUUAAUUUUAGGGGUACAAAGAAAUGGUGUGAUUUUCCUUUACCCUUUUGUUUUGCUUGUUGAAAUCUUUGUUCUUUUUGGCUUAAUUUUUGUUAUAUACACAUAAUCUGCAAAAUCAAAUUUGUUCAGUUAGGAUUGGGAGUAGCAGCCAUAUAUUCAUUCUUAAUAUACAGAGUAUUUGUCUGUGGUAUUUGAUCA